AUGGAACAGCAGCAUUCGACGUCAAAGGUGACGGUCGAGUACUUUGACCCCCACAAUGUCUACCGCCUAAUCUCGCCGGGCCUCGUCGGUCGCCUCCCGCUGCGCAACCUGCACUGGCAGUCCCACGCCGGGCCCCUGCGGUCCAUCGACUCCCUUCACGUCGACCUCGUCGAAGGAGGCGACGCCGGCGCCGCCGAUAGCUCCGCACCCGCCGCCCUGCGCGAGUCGGAGAGCUCAUCCUCGCGCGACGAUGGCUUCCAGACCCAGCAUGUCAGCGGCCAGGCUGGCUCCAGCGACGUCGGGGAGAGACGCGGCUCGGCCUCCCUGCAGCCCAAGCCCGCGCGCGCCCAGCGCCGACACCAGAUCCCCGGCCUGCGACGCACCUCCUACCUCAAGGUCCUCUUUGUUCGAUGCGACGACAACGAUUCAUACAAGAGCGCCGUCCGCGCCGAGAUUCGAGAAUGGGUCAAGGCGCACACGCCUCCGUCACUGAGCUCCAAAAAGGCGAGCAAGCAGGAGAAACAUGACGCCUUCGAAUGGCUCAUCGUCCACGUCGUCCUUCCCAACACGGCUGCCGCUACACAGCCCCGAAGCGGCGGCAAGACCGAUGGCACGGGGAGCGACAAGACAUCCUCGUCUCGCUGGCGCACUGGCUCGACGCCGCUCAUGGAAAAGCUUCGUUCCGACUUUAACUCGUCCGCCAAGGGCUCUCCCGACCGUGUCGCGCAGAUUCGAAUCGGCAUCAACGACGUCCCCUACGACCAGCUCCCGCGUGUCGUCCCUGCCGUACCCUCGGGCUACUCCGAAACGGAACACGAUGCCGAGAAUGCGUGGAACGACCUCGUGACGAAGUUCAAGGGCCUCAUCCUCAGCUCAUUUGAUCAGCGGGUCACACAAUACGAGGAGGACAUUAAAGAAAAGGACGGGCAGCGGUCCUUGCCUGGCUGGAACUUUUGCACCUUCUUCAUCCUCAAGGAAGGUUUGGCGAGGGGCUUCGAGAGCGUUGGGCUGGUGGAGGAUGCGCUGGUCGGCUACGACGAGCUCAGCGUCGGGCUGGACUCUGUUCUUCAUGAGCAGGCUGCCUCGGGCUCUCCAGAGAGCCACGGCGGAGCGAUGCUGGGACACACAGACGAGCUGAAGAGUGCUGCUCGCGUCGCGCUCACCGCCGCGGCCGGCGAAGAUGGGGAUGCCGGGGCCGAGAAUCUCCAGUCGACCGGCCCUGGCCAAGACCAAUCAGCGAUCAUUGUCAGCUCGACCAAGAAGCCGUAUCGCGAUAUGAUUCUGGCGAACAAGGUCUCGGUCUUUGACUUUCGAUGCUACAUCUUUGCGCGGCAAAUUUCUCUUCUCCUGCGGCUGGGCAACGCCUGGGUGACGCGGGAGGAGUUGAUGGCCAAGCUCCGCGACCAGCACGAGUCGGUCCUUCACGGCGUCGCGCCAUUGGCACCGCCGGCGAGCCACAGCCAGGACCCGGAGAACCUGUCCAUGCUCGCCGAGAUUUGUCGACGCACUCUCGAGUUUAUACCCACCAUCUCCCAGGUCAUGCGUCAAGACAUUGCCGCUGCAGUGGCCGAGACGCAGCCAAACGUCGACGGAGCAAACCUGGAUGCAGUCGCGUCCGAAACGGUUGACAACCUCGUCGCGUCCUUCGCGUUUUCUGUCGCGCAACAGAUACUUGCGCAAACCUCGACCAGUGCGCUGCCCAUACCGCCGACGACAUUGGCCACGGGGGACGGUCACGAGCCAAAGUCCUCCAUCCCGGAACCCAAGACCAUGUUGCACCCUGCACGCAGCACCUCACUGUACGGUCAGAUGCCCGGACCGCCACCCAGCCCUGGCCUGUUUCCCGGUCCGGGGCGACGAGCAAGCGUCUCCGACGCCGAGACCAAGUUCCUCAAAGUCGGGCUAGAGGAGCUCGCGGCUCAGCGAGCAGAGCUCUACAUGCUCUCGCGAAGUAUCCUCGAUGGCCUGGGGGAAAAGCGAGGCUGGUCCGACGGCUGGCGCGAAGCGCCCAUCAUCGGAGAACCGGGUCUCGACGAUAUGGUGGACGUGAGCCUCGACGACGACGAAACGACGGCAGGACCAUCGCAACCCCCAUCCGUCUCCGACGCAGGCAUCGAGAGCCAGAUCCUGCGGACUGCCACCGACAACACCGACGACUUUUACCGACUGUACGAGAUCCUGACAGACAAGGCACUGCAACACUUUGCCGUAGCCAACCACCGUCACGCAGUCCAUUCGUGCAAAGCCGACAUGGCCAUCUUGAAAUACCACCUAAAAGACUAUCGUGUCGCCGCCGAGUACUUUUUGCAGACGACCCCCUUCUUUGGCGACAAUGGCUGGAGCUCGCUGGAGCUGUCGAUGCUGGUCAUGUACUGCGAGUGCCUCGGCGAGCUUCAGUCGAACGACGAGUUUGUCAUUGUCGCCCUCAAGCUGCUGACCAAGGCCUGCGCCGCCGAGAGAGAGCGACUAGAGGAAAAGUCUGCGCUGCGGAGGCGAGCGUCGCGGUCGUCGCAACCCGACUUGUGGCCGAUACAGAGCAUUACGAGGAAGCUUUUCGACUGUGCCAAGGGCCUCAAGACGGACGUCAAAGUGCCGCUUGCCAGCUUCUUCACCGGCGUCCGGCUGUCCGGGGCGCCGCAGUAUCAAGAGGGCCGAGACACUUGCUCACUGUCCAUUUUUCUGUACAGCCUGCUGCCAGAUACAAUCACCAUCGACGGUGCCAAGAUGAAGGUGGCUUGCGUCGAUGGAGGGCCGAGUCGAGAACUCAUCUUUGAGACCAGCAGCGAGCUGACGUUGGCGCCCGGCAAGAACAGCAUCACCGUGCAUUGCAAUUCUGUCGUCCCCAGCAACUACAGAAUCAGCCACUUCAGUCUGCAAGCCAGCAAGGUGUACAUGCACUUUGACCGAGACGCACAGCAAGCUCCGCCGAGGACGGCGGACGUGUUCAAGGACGCGGACGUCAAGAUUUUCCAGCGCACCGGCGCCCUCGAUGUGCGCAUCUCCGCCGCAAAACACAUUUGUCUCGACAAGAACAACUCCUUGGAACUCGAGCUCAGUGCGGGAUGGAAUGCGCUGAAAAGUUGCGAGAUCCGCGUGAGGCCGGCGACAGGCGGCCUACGCCUGCUGACGACCGAGGCCAAGUUGGUCACCGACGGUGUGGAGUUCGCAAAGCCGCCGGAGGCAGGCGCCUUCUUUCUCGGUCCCACGGCAGAAGGGGCCACGGUCGCGCUACAAUUCCCGUACUCUAUCGAACAGGAUCUGUCCGACGUGUUGGCCAAGGUCGAGGUCACAUACCUGACCGAAUCGGGCGAGUCCUUCUACUUGGCCAAGGCGGUCACGGUUCCCGUCUCACUGGCUCUUGGCGUCAACGUCCAAGAUGUGUUCAAGCACAAGGCGCUAUUUUCGCGCUUCAACGUAUCCACGGCGACGUCGAGUCCGCUACGGCUGCACAAGAGUGAGCUGCUCGAGUCUGCGCUCUUUGAGUCUUCGUUUGGCGUUCCUCCCGCCAACGCCAUCACCAUCUUCCCAAAGCAGCCCGCGUGCCUGAUGUACAAGGUCACGAGAAAGACGGGCUCUAAACCGGGGAAGCGAGCGGAUCGGAUCAUGCACCUCAAACUGCAUUACAGGGUACUGCAAACCGAGGUGGAGGACUUGAUCAGGGACUCGGUGGCCGCCGAGCUCAGAGAGGCUCCCUUGGAGCAGUACUACAAAGUGGUUGCGAAUCAGGUCAUGAGCGAGGUCAGGCGGUCUCUCCAGGCGCAAGACCUCGAGAGGGCCGCGCUCCUCGGCGAUGUGACGACGUCCUUCUUGGAACCUGUGCCCUGGGAGAGGCACUUUUACGGUCUAGGAACGGUGCCAGGAUCAACGGAGGAUGCGGCGACAAAGCUUGGCGGCGUCUUGAGGGGAUGGCAAAGCAGGAACCCCCGCAUCACCGUGCCCGCCUCGACGGCCGCUGAGCUGUCGACAAUCCUCAUCCCGGUCGAGGUGCCGGCGCUGUCCGUGGUGCACACGGCAGAUAUGCGCCUGCAUAGACCUGUCGCGGGCUCACUUGGCGACAUCAAUAACGGGACGCCAAUCGUCAAUGUCAACCAAGCCCUCCCGACGACACUGCACCUCAAAUGGACACGUGCCUGGGACACGGAGGCAUCGAAGCGAGCGGACCAGGAGUUUAGCUACGAAGUCGGCGCGCCAUCGGAUACCUGGAUCAUCGGGGGGCGCCGCAGGGGCCACUUUGUCAUCCCGGGGACGUCGUCGGCCCCGUCGCCGACCGGCUACAUGACGUCAACGGCCGAGACGGAAGCGGAGAUUCCCCUGGUCUUGAUGCCGCAGCGCGAAGGGUGGCUGGCGUAUCCGUCGGUCGAGAUCCGUGAGAUUGUGACGGAUGCGGGCGGCCAGGAGUCAACGCAGGCGUGCGAGGUUGACUUCCGGAACCUGGGGGAGACGGUGCGCGUGAUCAGCGAGCGACGAAGCGUGACGGUGAGCCUGGAUGCGAGCGGGCCGGGGGGUGGGCCGCUCGUCUUCGAGAGCGAUAGCCUGGACCGGGGGACGAGAAUCGUUGCGUGA